AUAUAAAUUGAAGAGUUGGUGGGGGAAGGUUAAAGAAGAGAAGAAAAGUUUGUAACAAACACUACGGACUGGAGAUUCACACCAUCUACGCAGGGCAAGACAUACAACACACAAUCCUAAAGAUGGGAGACCCGAUCCAAUUAAAAGACGAGGGAAACAAACACUUCCAGGCAGGAGACAUCGACAAGGCCAUUGAGUGCUACACUAGCGCCAUCAAAGUGUGCAAUGACAAAAAAGUGCUUGCUGUCAUUUACAGGAACAGGUCGGCAUGCUUCCUAAAAAAGGAAAACUAUGCCAAUGCAGCAUCAGAUGCAUCUAAAGCGAUUGAUGUUGAUGCAGCAGAUAUUAAAGCCUUGUACCGGCGUUGCCAAGCUCUGGAGAAGCUAGGAAAACUGGACAUGGCUUUCAAGGAUGUGCAGAGAUGUGCCACCAUCGAACCAAAGAACAAGACCUUCCUGGAGACUCUCCGCAGGCUAGGAGCAGACAUCCAGGCAAAGCUCAAGACAACAUUCUCCACAGAUUCAAGGGUACAAAAUAUGUUUGACAUUCUCCUUGAUGAUGAAAUGGAAAAAGACAAGAGAGAAAAAGCUGCCAACAACCUGAUCGUGCUGUCAAGAGAGGAUGCUGGAGCAGAGAGAAUCUUCCAGAAUAACGGAGUGCCUCUGCUGCUCAACAUGAUUGAGACAGGCAAACCAGAGAUGAUCCUGGCUGCUAUUCGCACAUUGUCAGGAAUGUGCACAGGACACAAAGCUCGGGCCAUGGCUAUUGUUAACAUGGUGGGUGUUGAUAAGAUGUGCAGCAUCAUGGCCGUUGACAACGAGGAGGUUGCACUGGCAACCUGCAACCUCUUCCAGUGCAUCAACGACUCCCUCACUGGUGGAGAUAAAAGGGAAUAUGGGAAAGAAGAAGCCUUGGUUUUAGAUGCGUCUAAAGAUCUGAAAACCAUUCUUCUCUCUCUGCUGGAGAUGGUUGCUAAUAAGAAGGUGUCUGGUCAUGGCAGAGACCAGGCGCUGAACCUCUUGAGCAAGAAUGUACCUCGCAAAAACAAGAAAGAUCAAGACCACUCCAGGACCCUCUUCACUAUUGACCAUGGUCUAAAGAAGAUCCUCAAGGUGUGUGGUCAGGUUUCUGAACUGCCAGACCAGCUGCCCUUGACAGAUAACACACAGUUGAUUGCCAGCGUGCUCCUCAACAAGCUCUAUGACGACCUCAAAUGUGACCCAGAGAGAGACAACUUCAGGGACAUUUGUGAUCAAUAUAUCAAAGCUAAAAUUGACCCCAACGACAUGGACAAGACCAUUCAUGCCAUCAACACCAUCUCAGGGCUCCUUCAGGGUCCCUUUGAUGUCGGUAAUGCUCUGGUUGGACAUCAAGGUAUAAUUGAGAUGAUGGUGGCGCUUUGUGCCUCCGAACGUGAGGUGGACCAGAUGGUUGCUGUGGAGGCGCUGAUCCAUUCCUCCUCCAAGAUGAGCCGCGCCAGCUUCAUCGUCACCAACGGUGUGUCACUGCUCAAGGACAUCUACAAGAAGACCAAGAAUGAGAGGAUUAAAAUACGUGCGCUGGUGGGUCUCUGUAAACUGGGUUCAGCCGGAGGUGAUGAUUACAGUUUAAGGCAGUUUGCUGAGGGCUCCACAGAGAAGCUGGCGAAGCAAUGCAGAAAGUGGCUUUGCAAUCCCCAGAUUGAUACCAAAACAAGGAAUUGGGCUAUUGAGGGUCUUGCUUAUCUGACUAAUGAUGCUGAUGUGAAAGAUGACUUUGUUGAGGAUGAGAUUGCAAUGAAAGCCAUGUUCGAACUGGCGAAGUCUAAGGAUAAGACAAUCUUAUACUCUGUAGCAUGCAUCCUGGUGAACUGCACAAACAGCUACGAAAAGAAGGAGAUCAUACCGGAGCUGGUUCAACUAGCCAAGUUCUCCAAGCAACAUGUGCCUGAGCAACAUCCCAAGGACAAGAAGGACUUUAUUGAUCAAAGAGUGAAAAGGCUGCUGAAGGCUGGAGUAACGUCUGCUCUUGCUGUCAUGGUCAAAGCAGACAGCUCCAUACUGACCGACCAGACCAAGGAGCUGCUGUCAAGGGUUUUCUUGGCAUUGUCACAGGAUCCCAAAGAUCGUGGUAUAAUUGUAGCGCAGGGUGGGGGAAAGGCUUUGAUCCCACUUGCUCUGGAAGGGACUGAGGCUGGAAAGGUGAAGGCCAGCCACGCCCUUGCCAAGAUUGCAUCUAUUUCCAACCCAGAAAUUGCAUUUCCUGGUGAAAGGGUGUAUGAGGUGGUACGGCCGUUAGUUAGCCUCCUUCAAACCGACAGAGAUGGAAUGCAGAACUAUGAAGCUCUAAGAAGCCUCACCAACUUAGCUGGUUUCAGUGAAAAACUAAGAGUGAAGAUUGUGAAAGAGAAGGCUCUGCCAGAAAUUGAGAACUACAUGUUUGAGGAGAAUGACCAGAUCCGACAGGCUGCCACUGAAUGCAUGUGUAACCUUGUUACAUGUAAAGCGGUCCAAGAUCGUUACCUGCAAGAUGGCAAUGAUAAGCUGAAGCUGCUGGUGCUGCUGUGUGGCGAAGAUGACGACAAUCUUCAGUCGGCUGCAGCUGGAGCUCUGGCCAUGCUCACUGCUGCUCAUGAGAAGCUCUGUACCAAACUGACAAACGUGACCACCCAGUGGCUUGAGAUCCUGCAGAGGUUGUGUAUCCACACCAACCCCAGUAUACAGCACCGCGGCCUUGUGAUUGUCUACAACUUGCUCAACUCAGACAACAGUGAGCUAUCCAAGAAGCUGAUUGAAAGUGAGAUGCUGGAAAUCCUCUCAGUGAUUGGCAAGGCGGCGGACAAUCCCAAGAGGCAGGAUGCCAUCGAUGCAGCUCGCAUGUGCCUGGUCAAAGCUAUGGAUCUUGGUCUCAUCAAACCCUUCAGCAGCCCUUCUUAAAAUACUGGCAACCAGAAGAACAACAGCAACGGACAUUCUUCUUAUUUUUCCUCUUUUAAUUACAGACUUUUUUCCUGAAUGCUUUUUCCACAUCAAAGAUAUUAAAGGAUUCAGCAAUCUUUUCCAAAUCUCUGAAGAUAAUCUCUCACAUUAUAUAUUAUAGCCUAUAAUAUGUUUUUUUUACAACAUAUGGGCAAUUUCCCACAAUGAAGGAUCAUGAAAUGUAUUAUUUCCUUUUAUGCCAAACUGUGAAUGAAUGUUUAAAGAUUGAUUGGUUUACAUGUGCUUGUUUAUGCUGGACUCCAUUGUUGGCAUUUUUCUUUCUUUCGGUCUGUUCCUUCUGUCUGUCUAGUUGGUCAGAAUAAGGUGUGACCUACAGUAUGUUUAGGCCUCUUAGAUCUUAUGCAUCAAGGCUGGAGUUCUGUAGAUCCAGUGUUGAAUUGUAUAUUUUUAUGCUAUUUCUAGUGAUUAUGUUCUUUCAAUUUUCUUAGGAGAUUAAACAAAAUAAUAAUAGAAAGUUACUACAGUGAUAGGACUAAUUCAUAUACAUGUUAUAGUUACAUUUUUAACUUACAACUACUUUGCCGGACAUUUGACCUAAAAAACACAAAACAAAAAGAUGCACCCAGUCAGCAUGCUUGUGACUGUCACUUAUCAAUGUGAUUAAAAUUAGGGAAAUGUUAGUGAGUACAUAUCUCAAAUAGCCCCAAACCCCCCGGUUUAAAUACAAUCAUUGGCCACAUUCUCAGAUGACCCUGGUGGCUGCCACAUGCAGCAUGUGAGGACAUCAUAGCAGACGCCUGCAGAGGCUGGAUACCAUUCCAACAGUGUCUUCCUGCACUCCAUUGCAAAGGAAGGUGUUGUUAUGUGGAUGAAAAUCUGACUGCACUGUCAUUCUCCAGACAGCGCUACAGGAUGGGACAGGAGGGUAAAGUGCUAAUCCUAACCAUGACUAAGCUGUUUUACAAGGGCUGUUUCCUGUGUUUAUAUUUCUACUUUGGUGGAUUUCAAUGCUAUGCAGUGCUGUCUAACAAGGUUGUUGUUUUUUUAAAUGAUCUAAUUUAAUUUCAUGCUUUCCAUCAUGAGGUUUGACGUAAACAUUUAGGCUACUUUUCAGAGAUAAACUCUGAAUUUGGAUAUUUGAAAAGGCUUUGGAGCACGUUAUAGGAUUUUGCAGGCAAUGAAUACAUUGUGUGGUGCUGUUUGAAUGAAUUGUUUAGAGAAAUGCUGUUUGGCAAAUGUUAUGGAUAAUUCAAAAAAUGUGCCACAGCACCUUUAUAUACCAUGGUCUGGGUGAAUACUCGAUUCUGAUAGGCUGCAGGGUGUCCAUUCAUUCCUGAUGUAGGACACUUAGUUUAAGUCUGUUCUAAAUGAAUGUGCUGAAAUCAAUUAAAUGAAAACAAAAUCUGUA